CAUGUCGCAGGAGAACAUCAAGCACCUCCCACUUUCUGAGGGCGAUAUGACGCGACAGGGCCUCCAGAACAGCUCAAGGCCCGCGACGCGCGAUGGGGAAGCGUCUGCGACGCCGACUCUUUUCGUGAACGACGCCGCCGAGGAAGGAGUUGUGGUCAAGGCUCUGGAGGAUGUGCGUGAGCCCAGUCUCGAUCCACGCAUCAGCAUCGAGGACGCCAACCGCCCGACAGAGGACGAGCUCGACGAAACCCUCAGCCAUCGCUUCACCAGUGCUCUCCGGAGACACGAGAGUAAGCGCGAUUCACUGUCGGAAAAAGGGAUCAAGCAGGAGGAGCCGCUCUAGAUCGAGUUCGCGCCCGGCGACAAGAGGAACCCUGCCAACUUUUCACGGCGCAAGAAGUGGACGAUUACAGGCAUCGCGUGUUUCGCAACGCUCCUUGCAGCAACGACCGCAUCAGCAUAUAACAUGGGCUUCGAGAGCAUGGUCCGCGACCUAAAUUGCACAUUCUUCCAGGCCACGAUCGGCCUGAGCCUCUAUGCGCUCGGUUUCGGCGUCGUCCCGCUUGUCAGCGCGUCCUUCAGCGAGGAGUUUGGCCGACAGCCACUGUAUAUCGCGUCUGGAGUUGGGUUUUUGCUGAUGUACAUGAUGAUUGCAUGGUCGAAGAACAUCCAGACAGUGCUCAUCGCCCGUUUCAUCCAAGGCGCGUGCGGGUCAACUGGCGCGACGAUGGUAGGAGGGUCCAUCGCCGAUAUUUGGUCUGCAAAAGGACGUGGACUUCCAAUGUCAAUAUUCGCUCUCGCAGCGGUAGGCGGAACCGGCCUUGGGCCUGUCUUCGCAGGCUGGAUCGAGAUGGACUCAAACCUCCAGUGGAAGUGGAUACAAUGGAUACAGAUGAGGACAUGCGGCGUCUACCUCAUCCUCCUCCCUUUCCUGAUGCAGGAAACGCGCUCCUCGAUCCUCCUCACGCGGAUUGCGAAGAAGCUGAGGAAGGAGACGGGCGACCACCGCUACCGCGCCCGCGUGGAGGACGAGCGCGCGAAGUUGUCGACGCUCAUUUGGAUCUCGUGUACGCGGCCUGUUGAUCUGAUGACGACAGAGCCGGUCGUCCUGAGUUUCAGGUUGUGGAUCGGCUUCGCGUGGGGCGUCACAUAUUGCAUGAUUGGGUCGAUAGCUGGUGUGUUUACGGACCUGCACGGCUUUAAUAUUGGUCAGAUUGGUACAGUCUUCAUGACCAUGGGGAUCGGGUCCCUCCUUGGAUUCGCGACCAACUUCUACCAAGAAAAGCUCUACCGACGUCACGCCUCGAAACGCGGUCCCGAAGCCCGCCUCUUCUGCGCUUGCAUCGCCGCCAUCGCUUUCCCCGUCGGGAUGUUCAUCUACGCCUGGUCCUCCUUCCCACAUGUGCAUUGGAUGGCCCUCGCUGUCGGCAUCACCCUGUACAUGUGGGCCACAUUCUCCGUCUACCUCGCUGUCUUCUCCUACCUCGCGGACUGCUACGGCCCGUUCGCGUCAAGCGCCCUUGCUGGCCAGAGUUUGGCAAGGAAUUUAGCGGCGACGGCGUUCCCGUUGUUCACGACGCAGAUGUAUGAGCACCUGGGGUAUAAGUGGGCGAAUACGCUGUUUGGGUGUGUGAGUGCAUUGAUGAUGCCCAUUCCUUUGGUCCUUUUCUUUUAUGGACCUGCCAUUCGACAGCGGAGCAAAUUCUCGAAGGCGGUCAUGGCAAGCCAACGAUA